AUGUCGUCCGCCGACCCGGCCGAGGACUGCCUCUAUCUGGCGAUUGCCUACAAGCCCAACAAGAUCGCCAACAUGGUGGCGGGCAUCGUCUACGCGCUGCUCGGCUUCGCCUUCGUGUGGCGCUGGGCGACGACGAUGCGCGCGCGCUGGUCGCUCUGGCUGCCCAUCGGCUGCUUUGCCUCGGCCGCCGGCUUCUUCAUGCGCACCCAGGUCGACCCGUGCGACUUCAACAUCCCCAUCUACGCCGUGUCGCAGAUGCUCGUCCUCGUCUCGCCCUGCGCCUUUAUCGCGUUCAACUACAUGCUCUACAAGCGCAUCGUCCUCGCCGCCGACCCCGAGUGCGCCGCCGCCGCCGUGUCGACGACGAAAAAGGGCGGAAAUACGAUCAAGAAGAAGCACGUCAAGUCCAGGUUCUCCUUCAUGCCGCCCCUCAUCGCCGGCCGCCUCUUUGUCUGCAGCGAUCUCAUCACCUUCCUCAUCCAGUCGUACGGCGGCGGCAUGACGGCCCAGGAAAAGACGGUCGACAUCGGCAACAAGCUCUUCCUCAUCGGCGUCACCUGCCAGGCGUGCGUCUACGGCCUCUACAUCCUCGCCUUCACCGUCCUCGCCUACCGCCUCAACAAGUACCGCGUCUCGGACCUGGCGACCGGCGAAAAAAUCCAGUGGCGCACCAGCCUCCGCAGCCUCAUCGUCCUCACCUACAUCUCGAGCGUCUUUGUCAUGAUCCGAAGCGUCUUCCGUGUCGUCGAAUUCGUCCAGGGACACCAGGGCGAGCUGGUGACGCACGAGGUGUACCUGUUCGUGCUCGACGUGCUGCCCCUCGUCAUCGCCGUCUUUGUCUGGCUCUGCAUCUGGCCCAUCCACAACAUCAACCACCUCGCAGACGAGUGCCACUCGACCCAGCACGAGCAGCUCCCCUUUGAGAACCGCCCCUUCAAGCACUCGGGCUCUUACUAG